AUGUUUGACCCAGAUACUUUACCAUAUUAUGACCCAUCAGUGGAAAGAAGAACAGCUCUAGUAACCGGUGGUAACAGUGGUAUCGGAUGGUAUACUGUUUUGCAUUUAUACAUGCAUGGCUUUGCCGUUUACCUAUGUGGUCGAAACUCAAGUAGAGUGAAUAAAGCAAUGAAGAUCAUUACAGCAGAGGCAAAGAAAAGAUGCGCUGAUAAUCCCAAGGUACAUUUGGGUUCAAUGUACUACUUGCAUGCAGAUCUGGCAGAUUUACAAAGUGUUGAGCGAGCUGUAAAGAAUGUGAAGCGGAAGGAGAGCAAGCUUGAUAUACUGAUCAAUAACGCCGCUGUAAUGGCUAUGCCCUACCAGAUAACAAAAGAUGGGUUUGAGAUUCAAUUACAGACAAACUACGUGGCCCAUUUCCUAUUGUCGAUGAGACUUUUGCCCUUACUGCAAAAAUGUAACGGUAGACUUAUAAUGUUGUCCUCGGUAGGUCAUAACCUGGAAUUUAUGUACUGUGCUCUAGGCCAAGACUGGAAUUACAGACCGAACUGUGUUUUCACUUGGCUGCGGUACGCAAUGGCCAAGACUGCCUCUAUCCAAUUCGUCAAGAUGAUGGCCAUCAAGUACCCAGAAGUCCUAUGUCUCUCUGUGCAUCCUGGUCUCGUAAUGAAUACCAAUCUUUUCAGUUACUGGACCCGCCUGCCGAUCGUAGGAAUCUUCUUUUGGAUGCUAUUCCAAAUCGUGGGGUUCUUCUUUGGAGUCUCCAACGAAGAAGGCUGUCUGGCUACGCUCAAGUGUGCCCUAUCGCCAGAAUUAUCAAGAGACGAAGAUAAUGGUAAAUACUUCGUCACAGGAGGCCGCGAAGCGAAGCCAAGCUACGUGGCCAAUAAUCUCGACGAUGCUGCCUCAACAUGGAUCUGGACAAUGCACGAACUAAGAGACCGGGGCUACAAAGUGUGA